AUAAAGGAAACAGGAGGAACAAAGUUAGCUCUCCAGUCUCCUCCAAUGGAGCUCAACCGGCACAUCCAUGCAACUCUUCCUAGAGAAAAUGCUCUCUGUUAUUUUUCGUAUCAUUUUCCUCAGGGUAAGGUCCUAUUUCAGCGGUUGACGCGAAACCCCUUUAGGGGAACAUUGUUGUGGGCGCGGAAUCGAGAGGUCGUGUGGGAGAAGCGGCUUUCAAGUAGGCAAAAUUUCAAGCAAGAAAUGGAGAAACGAGAAAGGACGAGCUGCUACUCGGACGACGAAUUUUCUUUUCUGUCUUUAAGUGAUAAACCAGACAGGAAUUUAGCUUUGCUCGACGACUACGAGAUGGAAGAACUCAACUUUGAGACUGAUUCUAAUCAUCGAAGCGGUUAUGUAGCUGUGCUGGGUAAGCCUAAUGUCGGGAAGAGUACACUCUCGAACCAAAUGAUAGGUCAAAAGCUCUCAAUUGUUACUGAUAAACCUCAAACCACGCGGCAUCGAAUUCUUGGUAUAUGUUCUGGCCCUGACUAUCAGAUGAUACUCUACGACACACCCGGUGUUCUAGAAAAGAAGAUGCACAAGUUGGACAAUCUGAUGAUGAGCAAUGUUCGCAGUGCAGCUAUUAAUGCAGACUGUGUACUUGUUGUCGUUGAUGCAUGUAAAAUGCCUCAAAAGAUUGACGAGGUAUUGGAAGAAGGGGUUGGAAGUAUCCAAGAUAAGGUACCUACUUUGUUGGUGUUGAAUAAAAAGGACCUAAUUAAGCCAGGUGAGAUUGCAAAGAAACUAGAGUGGUAUGAGAAAUCCACCAAUGUUGAUGAGGUCAUACCUGUGAGCGCCAAAUAUGGUCACGGUGUGGAUGAUGUAAAGGAAUGGAUACUAUCAAAACUCCCUGCUGGGCCAGCUUACUAUCCAAAGGACAUUGCAAGUGAGCACCCAGAAAGAUUCUUCUUAGCUGAAAUUGUUAGAGAGAAAAUAUUUAUGCAAUAUCAUAAAGAAGUUCCAUAUGCCUGCCAGGUCAAUGUAGUAAACUACAAAACUAGACCAACUUCAAAAGACUUUAUUCAAGUUGAGAUAGUAGUUGAGAAGAACUCCCAAAAGAUCAUUCUCAUUGGGAAAGAAGGGAGUGCUCUAAAAGUAUUAGCUACAUCUGCCAGGCUAGAUAUUGAAGAUUUCUUGCAGAAGAAAGUGUACCUAGAGGUUGAAGUGAAGGUGAAAGAGAACUGGAGGCAAGAUGAAAGCCUGCUGAAGUAUUAUGGCUACGGGGGCCAAAUUCGAGUUUUACAAUCCGACUGAAAUUGCCAAAUCAAAUGCAUUAUAUCAAUCUCCUAACUAUGCCAAGGCCCAAGUC